AUGUGCAAUUAUUGUAAAUACCAACUAAGUCAUAAAAAGGGUACUGAAACGUCUCACCUUUACCAUCACCUCAAAUCAUGCAGAAAGUAUCAAAACUUAGUUUUCAAAAAAGGUUUAGCAGAACUACCUAAAGGUCAAAUGCAAUUGGAGUUUAGUCCAACAAUUAAACCUUCAAACAACUCAAUUCGAAAAAACUUAGUUAAUAUGAUAAUUAGAGAUGAACUAAGUUUUCAGUUUGUAGAAAAGCAAGAGUUUCGAAUAUUAUUUAAUAGAUUAGUACCCAACUUUACUAUUAGUGCUGAUACAGUAAAGCAAGAUGUCAUAAAAGCAUAUGAUAUAAAAAAGCUACAAACUAUUACUCUUAAUAAUACAAGUUCAAACGAUGUUACAAUUCGUGAAUUGGCAGAUCAUAUUUUCCAAAAUUUUUAUAAUCUUUGUGAAUAUGAAUCUGAAAGUCCUGUAAUUCCAUCAUUAGAUUGCGAUACUCAUUGGAAUUCUACAUAUAAAAUGUUACAAUUAGCAAUAAAAAUGAAAAAUGUGAUUAUUAGAAUGAAAGAUCAUAACAAAACCUUUCCUGAUAUACUAGAUGAAGAGGAAUAG